AUGUCAUCCAGGGAAACUAGUACCAUCAUUGAUGGCGACUAUACACCACUAGAGAGAAUUCUUUUGACUGCCAACGGAAACCUACAACGCAUACUAAGCUCAUACUUUAAUGCCAAAGUGACUGUUGAGAUCUUGCGUAAUGAAGUUGUUCAGGAUACGGAUAACAAGGAGAUCAUGCUGUUUGACAGAGAAGUUGAUAUUCAUUGUUUGGGAAAGAUAUGCUGCAAUGCAAAAAGUAGUAUUACGCUAUCCAGUCCCAAAUACAUUGAAAUGAUCAAAUCUAAUCAAGUUGGAAUUGGUCAGCUCUUUAGAUACGUAAAUAUCCUACCAGAGUUUGAACUACUCAUGGUACGUCGUGACAAAGACUAUUUGAUUCGUAAAUAUUCGCUGGAAACAAAGGGCAUACAGUGCGUGAUUACAGAAUCGUUUCCAAACCACCUGUUCAGCGAUGGUCUAAAUUUGGUAAAUCUCUCCAGCAGCGAACAUGAUUCUAAAGCUUCACAUUUUCGAUCCAUCAACGCUCUAUCUCCGCAUCUCAUAUAA